GCGGCAUCGCGUUUCCGAGGCCUUUCGAGUUUUCGACGCGGGUCCGGGUUCUUGUUUUGUGAAUCCGCCGCCAUCUGACUCGGACGUCGGCCGGACGUGACUGUAGCCAUCAUGCCGCCCAAGUUCGACCCCAACGAGAUCAAAGUCGUGUUCCUGAGAUGCACCGGAGGUGAAGUCGGGGCCACUUCUGCCCUGGCUCCCAAAAUCGGACCUUUGGGUUUGUCUCCAAAGAAGGUGGGAGAUGACAUUGCCAAGGCCACCGGCGACUGGAAGGGUCUGAGGAUCACCGUGAAGCUGACCAUUCAGAACAGGCAAGCACAGAUUGAGGUGGUCCCAUCAGCCUCUGCCCUGAUUAUCAAAGCUCUGAAGGAGCCGCCUCGUGAUCGCAAGAAGCAGAAGAACAUUAAACACAGUGGCAGUGUCAGCUUCGAUGAGAUCGUCAACAUUGCCCGGCAGAUGAGACAUCGGUCCUUGGCCCGGGAGCUCUCAGGCACUAUUAAGGAGAUCCUGGGAACUGCUCAGUCGGUUGGCUGCAGUAUUGAUGGGAGACACCCUCACGAUAUUAUUGACGACAUCAAUAGCGGGGCAGUUGAAUGCCCAGCGAACUAGGUCUGCCACCUGAACAGACUGCCUGCAACUUGGUUUUUCUAUCCUUCUGUAAAAAAAAAUGUAGUUUGUUUGGCUGCUGCCAUGAAAGAUGGGAUCUUCAUCACCUCUCUAACUUGGACUCUUUUAAGGUGUGAUUCCCUUAGGGUGCUGAAAGAGUUGUUGUACGCUUUUCAAAAAAUAAAAAGUGCACCAGGUUA